GGGGAUUACCGUGGCGGUUGGAGGGGCGGUAUGGCGCUCUGAUACGCGGCAGGAGGUUAUUGGGAGAUAGGUGAGACGCUCCUUGGGCUGUUGUUUUUGUUUGUUGGGGAGAAGGAUGGUAGAUUGACCUGGAUGUUUAGUCUAUCAAGACUUCUCAACCUACCUUUUUCAUUUUUUUUUUUCACCUUGGGAGACAAAACACUACGAUUGAUGGCGAGGGGACGGCGAGGCAGAAUUGUACAUGAUGCAAGAAGAAAUCGGCAUCAGCGAGAAGCACCCGUUGCGUUGGGAAGGGGGGCGGAGAUUGAUUGUACAUGCAUGCACUCAUGGUGGCAAGGAAGACUGUACAUAAGACAUUGGGUUCAUUGGAGUUUACGGGCAUCCGGGAUCAGGGACAAAUUGAUGGGUUCGCGUGGUUGUAUCAUCCGAUCUUAGUAGUGGCAGCCUCAGCCUGGUGCCUUGGUGCCUGUAUGCCUUGGUGUCUGUUGCGC